UGAUAGCUCUCAAUGCUUGUUUAGAAUCUUCUACAUUCAGGAUCUGUUCUAUUCAACCCCAGAUGGAGGGCUAUGUUCGCUCUCUUCAGGUCGGACGCAGUUGAAGUCCGCUUGACUCGUCAUUGCAUCGACGGUUACCGCCGGACGACUCACAUAGGAAAAUACCAAAGUCCUCGAUGCUCAGGGCAAGUUCGCUUUCACAAUGGUGCCGCCCGCAAUAAACCCAACUCCCGCCGUGGCAUUGUCGGCUCUCCGAAGGUGACCACUAAAUGGUUCUCGGGCAACAAAUCAAAAUCAAAACAAAAGCCCAAUCCUAUCACAAGGAAGGCUCUUACUACCGAAGCUCGCGCGCUAGCUUUCACAGGAGAUAAUCGGAAGCAUGUGCAUGAGAAAGCCGCCAUCGUUUUUGCCGCCAGGGAGUCUCAGUCGCGCAAUCAUGAGUUGAUGACUGUAUCGCACAAGAGACGUAGAGACUCCAAUGUCCGAAAGCCACGACGAAGAACUCCUUCUCCGACUCCAAACCAAGCACGACGAGCACAACCGCCGCACUCGUUGCCUAAUAAAGUCCCUGGGAAAGCUAUGCCAAGUAAAGCCCCUUCGAAAGCAGUGACAAAAUUGAGAAAUGGAGGGAGUGUUACAGGCCAUCCACAGGGCUGGAAAAGCUGCGUUCCUCGCCCGUCACGUCCCAGUCGUCGAAAUCCAGUUCCAAUAGAGAGGGGCACUCAUCUUUUAGCUCAGAAGCCCAAGAAGCCGGAGCGGCGAAGGCCCCAUGAAGCAGCGCUAGCUGCAGUGUCAGAAUUGGAGAGGCGCAAGGUCAUAGCAGCGGCAUUAGAACGUCAGGAGAAAGGAACACACAUGUGGUCCUGGGCCCCUUCUUACCUUCGGAGCGGUGAACCUGUCCUUGAUGUGGAACACAAGCAAAUACGGAAGUCAAGAGGUUAUUUCCUGGAAGAUGCCGGGGAUAGAAAUGUCCGCGAAGAGACAAAGAUACGAAUCGACGCCUACUAUGACAAAUAUAAUGGUCCGGAAUACAUAGACAUAAGAAAGCCAUUUUCGGCUUUUGACUGGGCACGCAUUGAUCACUUUUACUCCUAUCUGGAUCUUCCCCGACAUUCUCCGAGGCUGCGCAAACUUUUCGACUACUAUGAAAAAGUCUACAGACCAAACGACAAAGACCUUGCAUAUGCUGCUCAUAAUUUUCGGAUUUUCUUACUUUUGCGCCUCCUCACAAAUAGAUUGCCUGGCUGCUGGCAGCAUUUGAAAAGGAGAUUGUAUCUUUUUUUCCCUCUCCAGGAGCAGGAAGGCUCCAUGAAGAAGCUUAUUGAUGAGCUUGAGGGAUAUAAUCAAUUUUGUCAGAAGGAGAAGCUAAUCGUGGGCAAAGCACCACGAAAUUUUCAGGUCAUUUCUCUAGCUGAGAGGCUGAGGGUUGGUCAAGAGGAGCUGCAUAAGGCUUACGACAGGAUAGUUUGGCCCAUCAUUGAUUUCGACAGAAGAAAUGAUUCAAUUCCUGAAAGGGAACGUCAUAGAAUUAUGAGCAAAUUUACGGGUAUUUUACCCUCACUCGGAUAUCGAGGGCCCAUUGGAGAUAUCGCGAAACUUCAAUCCCAAAUUGAAACGCUCUCCGAGACGAUAAGGUUUUCGAGAUUGCUCAAGAUUGGCUAUGCGUUGAAGCUCUCAUCCUAUUCAUUAAAGCACGCAAUAGAAAGAUUCGAGGAAUUCGUCUGGCUCAGUUGCAUGCGAAGAGCAGCAAAGUCUGAUUUAAAGUCUGAUGAAACGCUGGACACAGACAAAUGGACAUAUAAAACUGGCCUGGCCUCCAGAAUAAGGGAGGAGAGACGGAUCCUUCGUCAUCUCAAUCUUCGUCCCACGAAUAGGCUAAUGCAUCAAGGCUCUGCAGGCACCAGUUGCUUCUCAACCGAAGCUGGCCAAGGCGAGUAUUUUGUUGAGACUCUUCAAGACACCCAGGGGCAAUCGGAAACGACAGAUGACAGAGCUUAUGAUGAUGGAGAGUCCUAUGUACCUCUUUCGUACUCGAUACCAGAAGCUGUCAUGCGACAAGCAAUGCUUGCUUCGUCAACCUCUGUGGCAGCAUACUGGCAGUAUGAUCUCUACGAAGGACCACAGAAGGAAAAGGUCAAAGUCCACUAUUGUCGUAGCAGAGAAACGACUGAACGAGUUGCGCAACUGUUUCUGGACAAGAAGGUCCUUGGAUUUGAUAUUGAGUGGAAGCCCCAUGCGCUGCCACAUGAGGGAAUAAAGAAAAAUGCGUCACUCAUACAGUUGGCAAGCGAAGAUAGGAUUGCACUCUUCCAUAUUGCGAGGUACAGCAAAGGAGACACUGUUGAAGACCUCGUGGCGCCUAGUUUAAGAACAAUCCUGGAAUCUCCCAAUAUCUCCAAAGUUGGCGUUUCGAUCAAAGCCGAUUGUACACGCCUGAGGAGAUUCUUGAACAUUGACCCCCGUGGUCUAUUCGAACUCAGCCAUCUCUACAAACUCGUCAAAUAUUCAUCUCACGACGUUUCCAAAGUCAACAAAAAGCUCGUCUCCCUUGCCCAGCAAGUCGAAGAGCACCUCCAACUGCCCAUGCGCAAAGGAGAAGUCAGAUCAAGCAAUUGGGCAGAGGAGCUCAACAUGCAACAAAUCAUAUACGCCGCAUCUGAUAGCUACGCCGGUCUACGUCUCUUCGACGUUCUCGAGCAGAAGCGCAUGUCUCUACACCCCCGUCCUCCUCGCCCCGCCCAUGCCGAACUCAAUCUCCCUAUCCGCCUCGCCGAUGGCCACACCAUGACCACCACGGCCGACGAGCCGACUGAGCUUGAGGAAGACCCAGCUACCGCAUCAUCAUCAUCAUCAUCAUCCGACCCCUCUGCAAGCACAACGUCAUCUACCCAACCAGGCGAAGAAUCCAACCAACCACCCCUCGCUGGCAAAUCCUCCUCCUCCUCUUCUUCCUCUGAUAAGCAAAAACCACCCGAAGUUCUCCAAGCCGAAGCAUGGACUGCUACCUGGCGCGCCGGUCUGCCGUCAGACUACAAGACCCGCGCCUCACCCGCCCAUCUCCGCGCAUACGCCCUCUGGCACGACCAAUCGUUUGAUCCACCCGUCAUUGCCCGCUUACUUCGCGACCCCCCACUCCAGACUACCACUGUAUCCAGCUAUAUCCUUGAAGCGAUACGACUAGAGAAACUCCCCUACGAUCCAGCCCGCCUCAGAGAUGUCAUCAGCCAUCUCCCCGAACCGAUUUACGAGCGGAGAUACCGUGCGCUGAAGCGGGACUUGGAAGGGCAGUAA